UAUAUAUAUAUAUAUAUAUGUACAGUUGUGUAGGGUAAUUAUAUAUCAUUCCCAUCAGCCCCUACCCCCCUAGAGCUUACAAUCUAGGUCCCUAUCUUAUUCAUACACACAGGAGCCAAAAGGGAAAACAAAUUACCCACAAGAAAUCCACUAAGCUGCUAACAAUUGUGCCACUGUGCUGUUCAUUGCAGCAUUUUGAGCAAGGGCCACAAUACUAAUAUUAUUUGCAUGUAGGCCAUCGUUAGCUAUUGCUGAACUCUCAAAGGCUGAGAACUGUAGUUUAACAAGGGCUUCCUUUGUUUAGAUUCCUGACAUAAAUAUUAAUAUUGCAGAUAUUAUUUGCUAUAUACAGUAUAUAUAUCACUAAAUAAACCCCUUGCCCAUUUCUUACCUUAUAUAUCUCAUGUACAGUAUAAUAUAAAGUAUAUUGUCUGCAAAUGUCAACACUGGAAAAAUUGACAUGCAGUAGCCACAGGGCAUGUUCCAUCACCUUUGCUUUACAUACAGGCCCUAUUAAAUGGUUUAAAAAACAACGUAUAGAAUGAUAACGUACAGGCAAAUUGGCACAUUUUUGUACACGUUAAUUAGCCAUCUGCAUCAUCUGCAUUAAUUAGUUUUAUGAGUGAAACAGCAGUAUUUCCUGGGAUUAUUUUCACAAGGUUCGGCCAGAAUGAGAGAAACAUAUUCACAUUUUUAUUUAUAAUUUUACUUGUAAUUUCACAGUUCUGGAAAUUCAAAAAACAAACAGAAAAAAAAAAAAAGCAAUCGGUGUAUGCUUUGAUUUGGGCUGGCAUCUGCAUCUUGUUGUAUAAGCUGGAGGCCUGAGAGGAGAGAGGGAGCGUGGCAGGAGAAGGGGACACAGAGGAAUCAGCUGUAAUGAGAAUGCAGGAACAAAAGGCUGUUGCAGAAUGAAGCUCUAAAAUAUUCCGCCUUGGGAAUGCCAGGGACAGAUCCUCUUGUCACUUCCUAAAAACAGGAAAUCGACCCCUCUGCUCUCUCUCGUCCCAGCCUGAUGCUUAUGUACACUGGCUCGUCCCGGCCUUCAGCUGGCUUUUGUGAUGGCUACAAGCAAGAGGAAAAAAACAUGGAGACCUUUAGUGAAUCUGGGUUGAGUUAUUCACUGUGAAACAGGGACUCCCAUUACUGUCCUCUCUCUCUCUCUCUCUCUCUCUCUGCAGAAUAAAGACAGCCCUUAGAGCCUUGGGGGAUUUUGGAUUGGCAGGGGAGGCUGAUGUUUAAAGCAGGCCUUUCCUUUUAUCAGUUGUGGAGCCAUCGCCUGGGCAGAGGCUUAGCCCACUGCAUGAAGAUGUCACUCUUGCCUUGGUGGCUUAUUCUGCGAAUUGCAUGCUGGAUGAAUCACUUUGCAAUGGAGAGACGGUGACAUAACCCUGCUGCACAGGGAACCAUAUUGCUUUCCUUGGAAACCUGGAAUAUAUGUGGUGCCUUCACAAUCACAGUGGAUGAUCCAGGGCCUCUCAUUUACAAGGCAGGCCCUGCCUUGUUUGGAUUUUUUUUUUUCUGUUUUUUUUUCCUACUCCUGAGUGUGAUUGCCUGCAGCGGUCUUAGCCUACUUCCGAGCAGGAAUCAGCCUACAUGAACACUGUGUUAUAGUUUGGUGGAAGAGCUUGCCAGAAGAACGCAUAAUUUAAAAAAAUAAUCACGUCAUGAGCAAGAUGUUGGCGGUCUGCACCAGGCAACAUAUCUGCAACAAAAAUAAAGAUACCUGCUUGUAAAUGCAGGGGGGCGUGGCUAGCGCACCCACAAGGGAGCAAGUACGUCGAGACACCACCAGGAUGCCGGUGGCCUCCAGUAGGAGGGGCAGACUUUAUAUUAAAAAUAAAGAGUUACAUGACAACCACCACGUAAUCAUGGGAGAUAUGAAGACCCCAGACUUUGAUGAUCUCCUUGCAGCCUUUGACAUCCCUGAUAUGGUUGAUCCUAAAGCAGCUAUUGAGUCUGGGCAUGACGAUCAGGAAAGUAGCAUAAAGCAAAAUUCUCAAGGAGACGAUGAUGCCCAUGUUCCAUCAUCCUCUGAUGUUGGCGUAAGCGUUAUUGUUAAAAAUGUAAGGACUGUGGACUCAGAAGUGUCAGAAAAGGACCAUCAUUCUGCCGGCAAUGGUUUGCACAAUGGAUUUCUCACAACAACAAAUCUAGACAGGUUCAACAAGGAGGAACUUAAAUCCUUAAAGCUUCAUACUGAUACUAUACUAAAGGCAUCUUCCUUUAAUCAGUUCAGUCCUAUCUCUAGCGCUGAAGAGUUUGAUGAGGAUGAAAAAAUUGAAGUGGUGGACCCACCUGAUCGGGAAGCCUUAAAAUCCAGUUUCAGUAGCAAUAUAUUGGAUGAAUCGGGUGUUGAGCAGGUGUAUGAAAGUGACAAGAUGCAUUCAGGAGACCAUUUCAUCAAAGCUGGCACAGCCCUCCCAGGCAGCCAAGAUAAGAAUAAAUCCAGUAAAAGAGAUUUGGAAGCCAGUUCCACCAAUUUUAGUGUGUACGAUACAUUUAAACUCCAGAAACUAGAUGAGAAACUUAAGGAAAGUGCCCAGAGGCUGCUGCUGGAAACAAAGGAGGAUGAAAAAAUAGAUACAGAAAAAAGUGAAGCCAAUGGAGGGACUAUCUCACAGCUGAGAGCAAAGUCUUCUGCAAAACUUUCUUCCUGCAUUGCUGCCAUUGCAGCUCUUAGUGCUAAGAAAACAGUGUGUGAUCUAAAGGACCUAGAACCCAGUUCUGGAGGAGCAUCCCCAGUACUUAAAGAAGGUGACUGUAGCCCCAUGUCUGCUGAUAAAUCUCCAGAUUCCCAGUUAACGGUGCAGAGUCUUAUAGAUGGUACAAAGAAGGUUCAGGCAAAGCAAUCAGACAGCCCAAGAAGUGUCUUGAGUGAAACUAGCAGCAAGGGUUCCCCUUCUUCUUCUGGUGGCUCAACUCCUGCCAUUCCUAAAGUCAGAAUUAAGACUAUCAAGACAUCUUCCGGUGAAAUUAAGAGGAUGGUUACCAGAGUGUUGCCUGACUUCGAUGUUGAAGAAUUGAAAAAAAAUGUAGAACCAAACUCUCCUGUGCUGGUUUCAUCACUCUUACCAUCUCCUUCCUCUACUCCUGUUCUUUCCUCGCCAACUAGAGCGUCCUUACAUCCGUCCAUAGGCUCACCGGUGGCAUCAACAGAUGUCGCCCCAAAGCAAGUGACCAUUAAACCUGUAGCCACGGCGUUCCUACCAGUAUCGGCUGUCAAAACAGCAGGCUCACAAGUGAUAAACUUAAAGUUUGGUAACAAUACUACAGUGAAAGCCACUGUAAUAUCUGCUGCAUCCGUUCAAAGUGCCAGCAGUGCAAUUAUCAAAGCUGCCAAUGCUAUUCAACAACAGACUGUGGUGGUUCCUGCGUCAAGUCUUGCCAACACUAAACUUGUGCCAAAGACGGUGCAUUUUGCCAAUCUCAACCUUUUGCCUCAAGGUUCUCAGACAUCUGAGCUUCGCCAAGUCUUAGCUAAACCACAGCAGCAAAUCAAGCAGGCUCUUGUUGCAGCAGCAACACCAUCAACGCCACCCAAAAAGGUGUCUAGAGUCCAGGUAGUGGCGUCUUCCCAGAGCUCUGUAGUGGAAGCCUUCAACAAAGUGUUGAGUAGCGUUAACCCCCUCCCAGUGUAUGUUCCCAACCUCACUCCACCAGCCAGUGCUGGAAUUACCUUGCCAACGCGGGGAUACAAAUGCCUGGAGUGCGGUGAUGCUUUUGCACUUGAAAAGAGUCUUCUCCAGCAUUAUGACCGCAGGAGUGUACGAAUUGAAGUGACUUGUAACCAUUGCUCCAAAAACUUAGUUUUCUACAAUAAAUGCAGUCUUUUGUCCCAUGCACGUGGCCACAAGGAAAAAGGAGUUGUGAUGCAGUGCUCUCAUUUAAUCCUAAAACCUGUCCCUACUGACCAGAUGAUUGUUGCUUCUCAGAAUAAUGCUUCUACCACGCCAUUGGCUACUCGGCAGACCCCAGUGGCUGUUGUGGCCCAUACGGUAACCAAGAUACAGCCUGGUUUGCCAGGGCCUGUGAUAUCUGCACCCAGUAACACACCUGUUGCUCCUGCUAUGCCUUUAGAUGAAGAUCCAGCAAAUCUGUGCAGACAUAGCCUCAAAUGCUUGGAAUGCAGUGAAGUGUUUCAGGAUGAAAUAGCCCUGGCCACACACUAUCAGCAAGCUUCCGACGCCACGGCACAGAAAACGUGUAGUAUCUGUAUGAUGCUGCUUCCCAAUCCGUGUAGCUAUAACUGCCACCAGCGGAUACACCAGCACAAAUCACCUUACACUUGUCCCGAGUGUGGCGCAAUAUGUCGAUCCGUUCACUUUCAGACUCACGUCACUAAGAACUGCCUGCACUAUACUCGCCGUGUCGGUUACAGGUGCUUGCACUGCAGUGUUGUGUAUUCAGAGUUGUCCGCAUUGAAAUGCCAUAUUCAAGGAUCCCAUUGUGAAGUCUUCUAUAAAUGUCCAAUCUGUCCGAUGGCAUUCAAGUCUGCGCCUAGCACACAUUCCCAUGCCUACACCCAGCACCCUGGUGUGAAGAUAGGAGAACCCAAAAUUAUCUACAAGUGUUCUAUGUGUGACACAGUAUUCACCCUGCAGCCCUUGCUGCACCGUCAUUUCGAUCAGCAUCUAGAAAACCAGAAAGUGUCUGUAUUCAAGUGUCCGGACUGCUCGCUGCUUUAUGCACAGAAACAGUUGAUGAUGGACCACAUCAAGUCCAUGCAUGGGACACUAAAGAGCAUUGAAGGUCCUCCAAAGCUUGGUGUUAACUUGCCCCUGAGCACUAAGCCUACCACCCAGAAUGCCACUAGCUCAAGCAAGGAAGAUCCCAAACAAGUGAAUGGAACAGAGAAACCAGAGAAAAAACCCAUCUCCUCUAACAAGAAUGCUGACUCGGCGGCAGUCAAGAAAAACUUAAAUGCAGGCUGGACCUGCUGGGACUGUGAACAGAUGUUUAACCAACGAGACGUUUAUAUAUCACACAUGAAGAAAGACCAUGGGAAGCAAAUGAAGAAGCACCCGUGCCGUCAGUGCGACAAGUCCUUCAGUUCUUCUCACAGUCUGUGUCGGCACAACCGUAUCAAACACAAAGGCAUCAGGAAAGUCUAUACCUGCAUGCAUUGCCCCGACUCAAAAAGGGUGUUUGCUAAACGGAUCCUGUUAGAAAAGCAUAUCCAGUUAAUGCAUGGCAUCAAGCACCUCAAUGUUAAAGAGACCCCAGAGGUGCCGCCUGCUGCAGAGCCUGCGGAGCACAAAGUGGAAGCAAAGGUGGCCACUGCGAAGCGCAAGUUAGAAGAACCAGAGGUGGAUCUCAGACCCCCAAGAGGAGCCAUCACUCAACCUCUGAAGAAGUUGAAAAUAAAUGUCUUCAAAGUGCACAAAUGUGCCGUGUGUGGUUUCACAACAGAAAAUCUUCUCCAGUUCCACGAACACAUACCCCAACACAAAUCUGAUGGCUCCUCGUACCAAUGCAGAGAAUGCGGCCUCUGCUACACGUCGCACGUCUCGCUCUCCAGGCAUCUCUUUAUUGUUCAUAAGUUAAAGGAGCCUCAACCUUCUCCGAAGCAGAACGGCUCCAAAGAGGACAGUCAGCAAGAGAACAAGCCAAGUGCAGAGAAAAAGGCAGCAGACCUGGUCACGUCUGACAGAACGUGCAAAGUCUGCGGGAAGACUUUUGAAAGUGAAGCCGCCUUAAACACUCACAUGAGGACACACGGCAUGGCUUUCAUUAAGUCCAAAAGAAUGAGUUCUGUUGAGAAGUGACAAUGAAACAGGGGACAACUUUUAAACUCAUAUAUAAAUGUACGUUUCGGAAUGUUUUUGGAAAAAAUCAAUUCCUACUGUUCGACUGAAUGGGGAAGGUAAAGACUCGGCGAGGAGCAAACUCGUUGCGAUCGGUGGCAAUAUGUAGUGUAAUGAUAUAUCAUCUUCCUCAUAGGAUACGUUCUCAUUAAGUAUUAAAAUAGUAUUUAAAAGGAAUACGUUGUACAACACAAGUGUAAAUGUAACUUAAUUUUGAUACUCUUUGUAAGGCGCUUGUAUGGAUGUAUAUAAAAAGUUUUGUUUUUUUUAUAUGUGAAAUUUCCAUGGUCAUGGGAUCUGUUGCCAUUCUGAGACUAAACAUAAACGCACUCAAAAGCUGUUUCAGGGUGAUAUAAAGGUACCUCCUUAACCCAUUUUUGAAAGUAAGGAUUGAUCUAGGUAUUCAGUGUUUAUAAACUGGCGGAAUGAAGGAUCUUCUGCGUGCCUCAAAGAUUCCAACAGAAUAAUAAUGGAUUGCCUUGGAUCAAUGUUGUGCUGGCUUUGCAACCUCGUUGUUACUCCAUGAUCAGUAUGUUAUGGGGUCACUUUCACAAAUCAUCCCUUUAUUUAUGUAUGCUUAUGUAUGCUUGCCUCCUCUCAGUGCCUGGAGUUGCAGAGAUGUUCUUCCAAGCAACAUCAGAACUACUGGGAGUGGGAAAGUCACAUCACAUUGCUAAUGUUUCCUUCAGAAAAACUGUGUUCCUUGUUGCCAUUGUAUUGGAAAGGUCAUUUUUACUACAAAAAAUGGCUGGACUGUACAUCUACUAAGAGACUCUGAGUUAGUAAAAGACUCCCAAUUAGUAAAAGCCUAUCUUCAUUAGUAAAACAUUUUAGUAGUUUCUUUUCCUAAAGGGAAACUAUCAUGUACAAUUUGUCCUUGUACCUGGAGAUAAAUGAUGCUAUCCUGUGGACCCGGAGACAACAACUGGGUCAGUCCAAUUUUGGCCCAGCUCGUGAGUGGCCAAAUCAGGCAUUAGAUCUACAGAUCUAGACCUCACUCAGUGAGUUCUGUCACACCAGGCAGCAGUACAGAUAAUGUAAAGCAGCCUUUACAAGAACGGCUAAUUGAUCUGGCAAUGCCUAAAUAGCAGGGUAGAUAAAAAGUGAAUCUGAGUUGGGCAAUGAUUGGCUCAACAACAUGAUAAAGAGCAUUAUAACUAUGUGAUGAUAGUUUCCCUUUAAAUCAAGUCUAUUUAUUUUCCAUCAAUGCCCUUAAUUUUUGCCAAGAAGUUUCUUAUUUAUAAUUUAUUUCCAUAAAGAAGUAAUGUUGCCAGUCUUUUGUAUCAUUUUGUCUGAAAUGUUGAUCAUAAUCCACACUGAUGGUAUCUGAGCGGAUUUACCUAACAUUGAGCCUAUCUGCCCUGCAUGUAUGUUGAUCAUUUUUAUAAAAUGGACUUGAAAUGGU